AUAUAUGUUGUGAAAAUGUCCCGAGCAACAAGGCAAAGCAUCAUGAAGAGGCUGUUGGGCACUGUGCUGGGGCUUUUGUGCACCCAGGUUUGCUAUGUGAGAGGAGAGCAGGUGGAGCAGAGUCCCCCAACCCUGAGUCUCCAAGAGGGAGCCAGUUCCACACUGCGGUGCAAUUUUUCCACCUCUGGGAGCAACUUGCAGUGGUUUCGCCAAAAUCCUGGGGGCCACCUCAUCAGCCUGUUUCACAUUCCUUCAGGGACAAAGCAGAAUGGAAGAUUAAAGGCUGUGACAGUCGCUAAAGAACGCCACAGCUCACUGUAUAUUUCCUCUUCCCAGACCACAGACUCAGCCAUUUAUUUCUGUGCUGUGGAGCCACAUCAAGAAGGGAACUAUCAGUUGAUCUGGGGCUCUGGGACCAAGCUAAUCAUAAAGCCAGAUAUCAAGGACCCUAAACCUGCCGUGUACCAGCUGAAAAGCCCUAAAUCCAGCAACACCUCCGUCUGCCUAUUCACCGAUUUUGCUUCUCAAGCUGGUGUGCCACAAGUCACAGGGCCUGAAGUGUUCAGCUCGAACAGCACUGCGCUGGACAUGAGGGCCACGAAUUCCAAGAGCAACGGCGCCCUGGCCUGGAGCAGCAGAAUCGGCUUUCAGUGCAACGAGACCUUCAACGAGACAUUCUACUCCAGCUCAGGCGUUGCCUGUAAUGGCGAAUUGAUAGAGAAAAGCUUUGAAACAGAUAUACAGCUAAAUUCUCAAAACCUGUCAGUGAUUGUGUUCCGCAUCCUCCUCCUGAAAGUGCUCGGGUUUAACCUGCUCAUGACGCUGCGGCUAUGGUCCAGUUGAGGUCGCCAAGAACAUGAGAGCCCGGUGCUCCCUCGCUCCUUGCUCCUCACCGCCCCUCCUCUCCCUCCUCAAGCAGAGAGGUGCACCCUCUGCCCCCCUGGAAGAAAAAGCUCCCUCUGCCUCUCUGGUCCCACUGGCAAUGCCACCAACUGGAUCCUACAGGAUAUUUGUGAUCAAGACGCUGAAGAGCUGCCAAACACUGCUGCCACCCACUCUGUUCCCUCACUGCUGCUUGUCACUGCCUGACAUUCCCGGCAAAGGUGGGGGCUGCUGCAGCCUCUCCUGGCCGUGGAGAAACUCCUGCCCCUCCCUAGAGACUGCCUCUCUGUCCCACUGGCUGAUGGAUCCUCUGUGGGUUCUCUGGGGCUCUAGCUCCUAGAGGAUGUUGUGAGGAGUUUAUAUGUUUUUAAAUAGUGUUCAUAACAAAAUACAUAUCACCCUUGUUCCCAAGAUGCGGGGAAAAUUAUCUCAUUAUCUAGGCCCUGCUAUGCUGUGUAUCUGAGUCACGUUGUAUAUUCUGCUGCCCAUGGCUUCAUUAAAAGUGAUUUGGAAGAGCA